AUGCUCUUCGGCGUGAACGCCGCCACGGGCUGGAUGGUCUGCUAUGCGAUGCGGCGGAAGUCGGAGGCGCUGGCGGUUUUCAAGCGCAUGGUCGUGGGCGCCGCUCACAAGGCCGGCAUCGCGAAAAAGUGCAUCCGCUGCGAAUGCGACGCGCUCUGGACCAGCGGUAGCUUCAAGGAGUUCUGCGCCGGCAUGGGGAUCGCGCUCGAGUACUCCCCUCCCGGCGUGCAGGAGUACAACGGCGUCGUCGAGAGCGCCAUCCAGAGGUGCCUGAAGGUGGCCAAGGUUUCUCAUCGGGCUGCCCAAGAGCUGCUUGGCCCUGCCGGAUUUUCACGCAUCCGCGGGCUGAGCGUACGGGGCCAUGAGCUCUGGGCGGAGUCCGCCAAAGACGCCGCGCAGAAGCUGAACCAGUCUGCAUCUCCAUGCAACCCAAGGGGUGCGUCGCCGUAG